UGCAUUACCUUCAGCCUGUCUUUGGAAGGGAUGCUGUGGCAUCUUGAUAAUCUUAUGGCCAGGAAGGCAGACCCCGUGGUUUGUUACUGCAUCUGAGAGAUCAUCUCCUGAAGAUGAGCAAAGCCCAUCACCCCCAGGAAGCCAAGGAGAAAUAUUCCCGGGGGAAGUAGCUGCUCUAUAGCUUUCUCCAGAAGAACUAUCAUCUUUCAUGAGAAGCGAAAAUUGGCCCUCAAGUAACCGACCAAUAAGAGCACCUAUAUGCAAAUGCCACAGGUGCUGGCUAGGAGUGGCCACUUUGUGAGUGAUGUCACAAUUCCCUCCGCUAACCCAACAAUACCACCACCACUGAAAAGGCCAACACUUGACUGCAACUCUUGCAGAGAGAAAAAUUCAUCGCAAGCAGAGCACCUUCUAGAUUGCUCCUGGAGUGUGGGGACAAAAGUUGCUACUGUCCAAGUUACUAAAUACAGAAAAAAAAAAAUGACUUUGUGAACAUGGCAAAAGAAAUCCAGCUAAGGCCCAAGGUUAAUGUCUCUUCUUACAUCCACUUUUUACUGAAUUACAGAAACAAGUUCAAGGAGCAGCAGCCAAGUAUUUACCUUGGCUUUCAAGAGUUCUCUAGAAAGUGUUCGGAAAAAUGGAGAUCCAUCUCAAAGCAUGAAAAGGCCAAAUAUGAAGCCCUUGCCAAGCUUGACAAAGCUCGAUACCAGGAAGAGAUGAUGAAUUAUGUUGGCAAGAAGAAGAAACGGAGAAAGAGGGACCCCCACGCACCCAGGCGGCCUCCGUCGUCUUUCCUGCUCUUCUGCCAAGAACACUACGCUCAGCUGAAGAGGGAGAAUCCAGACUGGUCAGUGGUGCAGGUGGCAAAGGCCUCAGGAAAAAUGUGGUCUGCGAAAGCAGACAUCGAGAAGCAGCCGUACGAACAAAGAGCAGCUGCCCUGAGAGCUAAGUACCAUGAAGAACUGAAAGUCUACCACGCACAGCGCAAGGCCAGGAAGAACAGUCUCCAAGGGCUGGCUAAGAACCAGCGUAGACGGUCCGGUCAAGCUAAGUCAGACAAAGCUGGUGGAUCCAAUUAGAAAUAAAAUGCCAUUCAAUUGUACCGUCUGUCCGUGGUCUCGUGUGGUGUUAGCGGCCACUUCUGCUGCUUUGGGGAAGUGAGUGGUGUGGUGGCAUUGAGAUGGGGGGUUGGACACUGAUCCUGGGUAGGGGCUGGCUUUUAGAGAAGUGGCGACAGUGUCCAAAGGGAUGUGUGUGGUCAGUACCUACAAGGCUUGU